AUGGCUGCACUGCUACUGGGCUCUAGCUUGUUCUCGCCGUUGCUGCUACACCUGCUCAUCAGCUCUUUGUUCACCGUCAUCCUGGGCAGGGCAGCGGGGCCCUGCCGCUGGACCCCGCGCACACACCCUGCCCCCGGAGACAGCGAGAGAGUCGGCCAGCCCGGUGGAACUGGAGUCUUGGCUCAGGGCAGUUUGGAUAUAAACCCUGAAUGGACAUUACCUUUACUGAGUUCACGGUCAGAAUGUUUCAUCUGUGGAUCCCGUUUCCAGUAUGGGGUGCUUGGAAAGCCUCUGGACCCGGCAUUACCGGAAAACCGGGCUGCUCAAAUAUCUACUUCAGUACCGGAGCCAGUUGCUGGACACUGUCAUUUUCACCCAGUUAGUAGAUGCGGCGCCGGUGGAAAGAGGGGCGUUGUUUCCCAUUUUUUUGCCUCUCUGGUUCACAACGGCAAAAAGCGGUCCGUACAAAGGACUAGAGCAUGCUCACGGCUGACACCUUGUCUACUGUGCGCCACAGGGAGGGUCUUUGUACUAGGCGAGCGUCGGGGACCGAAAUGCUUGGGUUCUGACUCGCAAUUUUGUGACGGGAUACCAGCAAGAGAGAAAACUGGACCCAACCGAAAUAACCAUGCAACUACACAAGGGUUUAUUGCCACUAGGAGACCGACUCGUCUGCUGUCUAAGGACCACUGUCAUUUUAAUUUGGACCACAACAGCUUGGACGCCGAUAAUUUGGACAAAAGUAAAACUGACUGUCCUCUUUCAGGCCUUCUCGCUGUUAUCGAUCCUACGAGAGAGGGUUGCAAUCGCUUCUGUAUGGGCAUCGAGCGCACUGGGAGUAGCUGGGAGUACAGUGUUUCAAACCAGCGAAUCUCUACCACUACGAGAGUCAAAGAGAGCAAAUGUUGCUACCAGGGCAUCUCCGGGAAAACAGAAAUUAAUUAUCAUGUCACUGCUGACAUCAUGACCGUUUCCUCUGAUUCGAUUCCUAAAGAUAUAUAUGAGCCUGACUCAACUGUUACCGUAACUUCUUCUGAUGACAGCGAUACAUUCGUCGAACUAAACUUUACUAAACACUCAAGUGACUCACACCACGACCUGAGAGCUAUUGGCCUCUGGGCCGGGGGUGCCGACGGCGCAGGGGGAAAGUCAGCACCGCGAUCUCACUGGACAGCUCCAGUGGCAAUCAGUUUCACCCAGAUACCCCUAGAACCGGCUGAUGAUUCGAGAAUUUCUUCUGAGGGCGUAUUUCUGAUGAAUACAAACAACAAUAACAACAAAAACGACAAUCCGCAUCACAGUCACAAAGGCGGCAAAGACGACAAUGACAGCGAUGUCGGAAAUAUCCAAAUGAAAACAGAGAAUGACAACGUCAGUCUGACACAGAACUUGAGCUCGUCUGAACCUUGCGUGCAAUCACAGCGUGGCUCGGUUUUGGUUGAAGACUUGCACGCGACGUGUGUUGACAGCAGCACUGGUGACAGCUUAACCGCCGACGGGGGAGCCACGCGCUCGCAAUUAAAAUCCGGUAAACUGGAGUCAUUACAAGCUGAGGGUGUCAGUCAGUUGGAGGAGCAGCUGGGGGCCGUGGCAGAGAAAUGGGGGAUGGAGGAAAAAAUGGACAGAGAGGUGGACAAGGAAGAAGGGGGGAAGGGUGACAGACAGGAUGCAAGGGGAAAAAGGGAGGAAGCAGAAGUGUGGAUCAGUGUGGAGAACAAAAAAGAAGAUGUGACUCGGGAGGGUACAGUUUUACUAGGGAGAGGUCAAAGCAGUGGCGCCUCAUACGGCAACAGGGGGGAGCAAGAAAAGAGAGGGGCAAAAGAGGGGGAGGAACAGGGAAUUGAGAACAAAGAGUGGCAGAAAUAUGAAGAGACACAGAAAGAAAAAGAUGAGUUUGUAGACCAAGGAAAUUUAGAAUGGCAAGAAAUAAGUCAGAUGGGUGGAGAUAGCUAUGAGGGAAGAGUGGUGGAUGUAAAUGAGGGUAAAAAUAAAGAGGAGGUGUACAGCGAAGGGAAAACAGACAUCCCAGCUAUGGGUCGCUCUCGCCGAGCAGCCAAUCGGCACCCCCACUUUCCUCAGUACAACUACCAGGUCCAGGUUGCAGAGAAUCAGCCUCCAGGCACAUCAGUCAUAGCAAUGUCCGCAGAAGACCCAGACGCAGGAGAGGCAGGCAGGCUCACCUACAGCAUAGCUCCCCUAAUGAACAGCCGUUCCUUGGAUUACUUCCAUAUUGACCCUAUCACUGGCCUACUAACCACCACCCACAUCCUUGACCGUGAACACAUGGAUCUGCAUUACUUCCGCGUCACGGCAACAGAUCAUGGUUCCCCCCGACUCUCUGGGACCACAAUGGUAACUAUCACAGUUUCAGAUCGUAACGAUCACUCCCCUGUGUUUGAGCAGACAGAAUAUCGUGAAACGAUACGUGAGAAUGUAGAAGAGGGCUAUCCCAUUCUGCAGCUACGUGCCACUGAUCUUGAUGCCCCAUCUAAUGCUAACAUCCGCUACCGUUUCAUCGGCGAGGGUGCGGCUGCAGCGCGCGCUGCUUUUGAGAUCGACCCCCGGUCAGGCCUUAUCACAACACGUGGUGUUGUCGACAGGGAAACAAACGAACGUUAUACACUACAGGUGGAAGCCAGUGAUCAAGGAAGAGAGCCUGGACCUCGCUCAGCUUCUGUUAAUGUUCACAUAACCGUCCUGGAUGAGAACGACAACGUGCCACAGUUCGGCCAGAAGCGUUACGUGGUGGCGGUAAGGGAAGACGUACGACCGCACUCCGAGAUCCUGCGAGUCAGUGCAUCUGACGCAGACAAAGAUGGAAAUGCUGCUGUGCAUUACAACAUUAUCAGUGGGAACAGCCGUGGGCAGUUUGCCAUUGACAGCAUAACAGGAGAAGUUCAGGUGGUGGCACCACUGGACUUUGAGUCAGAACGGGAGUACACGUUGCGUCUGCGAGCCCAGGACAAUGGCCGCCCGCCUCUUUCUAACAACACGGGAAUUGUGAGCGUCCAGGUCACUGAUGUCAAUGACAACCCACCAAUAUUCGUAUCCACACCAUUCCAGGCCACAGUGCUGGAGAGCGCCCCCAUUGGUCACUCCAUCCUACACAUCCAGGCUAUUGACACGGAUUCUGGCGAUAAUGCCCGGCUGGAGUACCGUUUAACAGGAACUGGUUCUGACACACCCUUUGUGAUCAAUGCAGCCACUGGCUGGGUUACAGUGAGCUCAGAGCUAGACCGUGAGUCGGUAGAACACUACUUCUUUGGUGUGGAGGCACGAGAUUAUGGAGCUCCUCCUCUUUCUGCCACAGCAAGUGUUACAAUUACAGUCAUGGAUGUUAAUGAUAAUCGUCCAGAGUUCCUGCAAAAAGAAUACUAUGUGCGUCUGAAUGAGGACGCUGCAGUUGGGACUAGCGUUGUCAGCGUAACAGCGGUUGACCGUGACGUCAACAGUGCUGUCACUUACCAGAUAACCGGCGGCAACACGCGUAACCGAUUUGCUAUUAGUACAGCUGGAGGGGCAGGGCUUCUGUCAUUGGCAUUGCCACUGGACUAUAAGCAGGAGCGUCGUUAUGUGCUAACCGUAACGGCCUCAGACCGAACACUUCAUGACACCUGUCAGGUACACAUCAAUAUUACGGAUGCUAACACCCACCGGCCAGUAUUCCAGAGCGCCCAUUACUCAGUUAGCAUAAACGAGGAUCGUCCUCCUGGUAGCACGGUAGUGGUCAUCAGCGCCUCAGAUGAGGACGUUGGAGAGAAUGCACGCAUCACCUACUUCUUGGAAGACAACAUCCCACAGUUUCGCAUUGACCCAGCGAGCGGCGCGAUCACGCUCCAGGCCGAGUUGGACUACGAGGACCAGAUGACGUACACACUCGCCAUCACAGCUCGAGACAACGGAAUCCCACAGAAAUCUGACACCACGUACGUGGAGGUGAACGUCAAUGACGUCAACGAUAAUGCGCCGCAGUUUCUCAGCCCACGGUAUCAGGGUGGAGUCAGUGAAGAUGCCCCACCUUUCACAAGCGUUCUGCAGAUAUCAGCCACCGACCGUGACGCCCAUGCCAACGGCCGUGUGCAGUACACCUUCCAGAAUGGAGAGGAUGGGGACGGUGACUUCACUAUUGAGCCCACCUCUGGAAUAGUCCGAACUGUUCGCCGCCUAGACCGUGAAAGCGUUCCGUUCUAUGAACUAACUGCGUUUGCGGUAGAUCGGGGAGUCCCUCCUCAGAGAACACCUGUACACAUCCAGGUCAGCGUGAUGGAUGUCAACGAUAAUGCCCCAGUGUUCCCAGCUGACGAUUUUGAAGUUCUGGUCAAAGAGAACAGCGCUGUUGGUUCAGUUGUCGCACAAAUAACCGCCACUGAUCCAGACGAGGGAGCCAAUGCACAGAUCAUGUACCAAAUUGUUGAAGGCAACAUUCCAGAGAUCUUCCAGAUGGACAUCUUUUCUGGUGAGCUCACCUCACUCAUUGACUUAGACUACGAGACACGCUCUGAGUACGUGAUUGUGGUCCAGGCCACCUCCGCCCCGCUGGUUAGCCGAGCUACAGUGAGGAUCCGGCUCUUAGACCAGAAUGAUAAUGGGCCUCAGAUGAAGGACUUCCAGAUCAUCUUCAAUAACUUUGUGUCAAAUCGCUCCAACACUUUCCCGAGUGGAGUCAUUGGACGUGUGCCGGCCCAUGAUCCCGACGUGUCGGAUCGACUCUACUACACUAUUGACCGUGGCAACGAGCUCCAUCUACUGCUACUUAACCACACCAGUGGAGAGAUCCGGCUUAGCCGCAAACUGGACAACAACCGCCCGCUGGUCGCCCCAAUGCUCAUCACUGUCACUGAUGGAGUUCACAGCGUCUCUGCUCAGUGUAUUUUGCGAGUCCUGAUCAUUACUGAGGAUAUGCUGAGCAGCAGCGUAACCGUUCGAUUGCAGAACAUGUCUCAAGAACACUUUCUCUCUCAGCUGCUGACUCACUUUCUGGAGGGCGUGUCGACGGUGCUGUCCGUCUCCCCAGACGACGUGUUUGUGUUUAACGUUCAGCCGGACUUGGACGCAGGCGGGGUCCUGAACGUCAGCUUCUCCGCCGCGCUGCCCGGGGGACAUUUCUUUCCCUCCGAGGCUCUGGAGGAGCAGCUUUACCUCAACCGGCCUCGACUAAACUCACUCACCCAGAUGGAGGUGCUGCCCUUUGAUGAUAACGUGUGCUUACGGGAGCCAUGUCAGAAUUACAUGAAGUGCAUAUCGGUGCUGCGAUUCAACAGCUCCGCCCCUUUCAUAUCCUCUCCCUCCAUCCUUUUCCGGCCUAUUCAUCCAAUCGCUGGCCUCCGUUGCCGCUGCCCACCUGGUUUUGCUGGAGACUACUGUGAGACUGAGAUAAACCUGUGCUAUUCCAACCCUUGCCUUAAUGGAGGAGUGUGUGCCCGCAGGGAGGGAGGCUACACCUGCAUCUGCAGAGAGGACUACACAGGCGAGCGCUGUGAGUGGGACCGGCGGGUUGGCCGAUGUGUGGCGGGGGUGUGUCAUAAUGGGGGAACGUGCCGGGAGUUGUCAGGUGGAGGAUUUCGAUGCGAAUGUCCCGCUGGGGGCUAUGAGAGACCUUACUGCUCCGUAACUACCCGCUCCUUCCCCCCCAAAUCCUUUAUCAUGUUCAGGGGCCUUCGACAAAGGUUCCACCUUUCCGUUUCACUCACGUUUGCUACUCUGGAGAGCAAUGGCUUACUGUUUUACAACGGACGUUUUAAUGAGAAACAUGAUUUUCUGGCUCUGGAGAUACUAGAUGGACAAGUGGUGCUCAAGUACUCCACAGGUGAAUCAUCCACUCAGGUGAGUCCAUACCUGCCAGGAGGAGUGAGCGAUGGGAACUGGCACACGGUCCACAUCCACUACUACAACAAGCCGAAGAGGAGCGUGAGCGGCGAGGCCCAGGGGCCGUCUGACGAGAAGGUCGCUGUGUUAAGUGUUGAUGACUGUGACACAGCUUUGGCUCUGAGGUUUGGGGUUCAGCUCGGAAAUUACAGCUGCGCUGCAGAGGGGAAACAGAGCAGCAGCAAAAAGUCUCUGGAUCUGACAGGUCCAUUGUUUCUGGGUGGUGUUCCCAAUCUGCCAGAGAAUUUCCCAUUUGGGACAAGGGAGUUCAUUGGCUGCAUGAAAGACCUGCACAUCGACAACAGGCCUCUAGACAUGGCUGGGUACAUUGCCAACAACGGAACUCUACCAGGUUGCAGUGCCAAGCUGCCAUUCUGCAAGUCCAACCCAUGUCAGAAUGGUGGGACGUGCAGAGUGAGUUGGGAGACCUUCUCCUGUGACUGCCCCCUAGGGUUUGGAGGAAAGGAUUGCAGCCAUGUGAUGCCACACCCUCAUCGUUUCUUGGGAAACAGCGCCCUCUGGUGGGAUUUGAAGAAUGACGUCACUAUCUCCACGCCCUGGUAUCUGGGUCUGGUGUUCCGGACACGGGCCAGAGAGGGAGUGUUACUCCAGGCACAGGCUGGACAAUACACCAGUCUUAUAUUUCAGCUGGUUUCAGGGCAGCUGGUGUUCUCGGUCUCUCGUGGCUCGGCCCGGCCGGUGCGUCUGCGUUUGGAUCAGGUGCAGGUGUGUGACGGACGUUGGCACGACCUGCAGCUGGAGCUUCGCGACGUCAGGAGUGGACGGGAAACCCGCUACGUUGCGACAGUGCGACUGGACUUCGGCUUGUACCAGGGCACAGUGAUAGUUGGCAAUGAGAUUCAUGGUCUGAAGGUGAGGCAUCUACAUGUGGGUGGAGUUCUGGGGGCAGGAGAGGUGCAAAGUGGAAUACGAGGCUGUAUUCAGGGUGUGCGCUUGGGGGUGCGUCCAGAUGCCCCUCCUUUGCCUCGACCCUCUCGGUCUGUCAAAGUGGAAACCGGAUGUAACGUCGGCAACCCGUGUGUCUCCUCCCCUUGCCCCGCCCAUAGCCGCUGCGCUGACCAGUGGGAACGGCAUGCCUGUAUAUGUGAGCCAGGUUUUUACGGGAAGGGGUGCACGGACGCGUGCCAGCUGAACCCGUGUGAGAAUGAGGCUCAGUGCCACAGGAAGCCCAGCUCCUCUCACGGCUACAUCUGUGACUGUGGUGAUAAUCACUACGGCCAGUACUGCCAACACAGGAUUGAACAGCAGUGCCCACGAGGCUGGUGGGGCACUCCAACGUGUGGGCCAUGCCACUGUGAUGUCAGUAAGGGCUUUGAUCCUGACUGCAAUAAAACCAACGGACAAUGCCACUGCAAGGAGUUCCAUUACCGUCGGCGGGGCAGUGACGUAUGCCUGCCAUGUGACUGCUACCCAGUGGGCUCUUUUUCGAGAUCGUGCGACCCAGAGAGCGGGCAGUGCCAAUGUCGGCCUGGCGUGAUUGGACGGCAGUGCAACACGUGCGACAACCCGUUCGCCGAGGUCACACAGACCGGCUGCGAAGUGAUAUAUGAUGGCUGUCCUAAAACCAUUACACAGGGAAUCUGGUGGCCAAGGACAAAGUUUGGCCUGCCUGCUGCUGUGCCGUGUCCUAAAGGCUCAGUAGGUGCUGCCAUUAGACACUGCGAUGUAGAGCGAGGCUGGUUGGAACCCGAUCUGUACAACUGCACCUCUCCACCCUUUGUGGAACUGAACACAGCUCUGGAGGCGGUUGAAAGGAACGAGACAGAGCUCAGCACCAUCAUCGAGAAGAAACUAGCACAUCAGCUGCGCGACGUGACAGAGGCCACAACCCGUCUCUAUGGCAACGACCUGCAGAUCGCAGAGAGGCUUUUGUCCCGCCUCCUGACUUUUGAGAGCUUACAAACAGGUUUUGGCCUGACCGCCACUCAAGACGCGCACUUCAAUGAGAAUAUUCUACGGGGCUGUAGCGUGUUGCUGGGCCCUAGCAGUGCAGGUUUGUGGAGGAGUCAGAGUGCAGGUCAGGGUGGAGCCGCGGGAUUGGCUGAGCUGCUGGAGCAAUAUGCACGCACACUGGCCCAGAACAUGAAACAGACUUACCUCAACCCUGUGGCACUCGUCGCUCCAAACAUCGUAAUGACUCUGGACCGAGUGGAGAACCACACACACGUGCGUAGGCGUUUUCCACGUUACCACAGCGCCAUGUUCCGUGGACAGGCACUGUGGGACCCUCAUACACACGUGAUAUUACCCCCUGCUGCCCUGGUCCCACAACGCUACUCAUUUUCAGCUCCUCCUCCGCCAGCUCCAGUGAGUCUCUUAUCCAAUCAGACGACAGAGAUGACUGCUGCGCGACGCACUGCUUCGCUGCCUGAGCCGCCCGUCACCAUUGUCAUCCUACUCAUUUACCGCGGCCUGGGUGCAGCACUGCCCCCUAAAUAUCACACAGACCGCAGGGGAGUCAGAUUGCCCAGGCAUCCUGUGAUGAAUUCUCCAGUGGUCAGUGUGUCAGUAUUCAAUAAUCAGUCGUUUGUGGAGGGCCAUUUAGACUCCCCUGUCCUUCUGGAGUUCCGUCUGCUGGAGACAAGCAACCGAAGCAAACCCCUCUGUGUGCAGUGGAACCACAGCAGUCCGGUUGCAGUAGGAGGCUGCUGGACAGUGCGGGAUUGCAGUGUUGUGUACAGAAAUACAUCUCAUGUUCGUUGUCAGUGUCACAGACUGGGGACAUUUGGAGUGCUGAUGGACAGCUCCCAAAGAGAGCAAUUAGAGGGUGACUUGGAGACCCUUGCUGUGGUAACCUACUCAUGUCUGACUGUCUCCAUGGUGGCUUUGCUACUGACGGUUUUGGUGCUUUCCUGCCUACGAGGCCUGAAAUCCAAUACACGAAGUAUUCACUCCAAUAUGGCUGCUGCAACCCUGCUCUCUCAACUGACCUAUUUACUGGGCAUCAACCAAACUGAGCAACAGUUUCUGUGUACGGUAGUGGCUAUCCUGCUACACUAUUUCUUCAUGGUGGCAUUUGCGUGGCUUUUUGUGGAGGCGCUGCAUAUCUACCGCAUGCAAACGGAGGCUAGGAACAUCAACUAUGGAGCCAUGCGAUUCUACUACGCCAUUGGCUGGGGAGUUCCAGCCAUCAUUACAGGUCUGGCGGUGGGCCUGGACCCAGAAGGCUAUGGGAAUCCAGACUUCUGCUGGAUUUCCAUCUAUGACAAACUCAUCUGGAGCUUUGCCGGGCCCAUUGCCAUCGUCAUACUGAUGAACAGUGGCAUGUUUUUAAUGGUGUUACGCAUGACCUGCAAUCCCUCCCAGAAAGAGACCAAGAAACUUCCCAUAAUUGCUACUAUCCGCAGUGCCUUCCUCCUGCUCCUGUUGACCACCUCUGCCUGGUUCUUUGGCCUAAUGGCUGUCAAUAACAGCAUCCUCGCAUUCCACUACCUCUUCAUCAUACUCUGCGCCGUACAGGGUCUGGCAGUGUUGCUAGCGUUUACUCUGCUGAAUUCAGAGGUGCAGGAGGCUUGGAAACUGGUGUGUUUAGGGAAGAAAAGUCCCAGCGAAGACCCGCCCAGAACUCCUCAGAUCUCUGGCCAGAAUCCGUAUAACAGCGCCUCCUUGCUGGAGCAGAGUGGAUUGCACCGGAUUACACUCGGCACCUCCACGAUCUCCUCUGUCAGCAGUGCUCGAGAGAAUCUACUGGCUCGUCAGACUCUGGAACACAGCCUGGGUCACACAGGUGCCACAGACCUGGACGUGGCCAUGUUCCACCGAGAUGGAGGUACACUCACACACAAUCAUGUGCACGCAUGUGAGGAUUCUGACUCAGACUCUGACCUCUCUCUUGAAGAAGAACGCAGUCUGUCUAUCCCUUCCUCAGAGAGUGAAGACAACGUGCGUCUCCGUGGACGCAUUCAACGACGCUUCAAACGCACCAAUCACAGCGAGCGACUGCUCACUGAGCCCACCCACAAUGGUACCAAAGAUUUGGAUGGGAAUGACCUGCUCUCCUAUUGGCCGGCGCUUGAGGGGUGUGAGGUGCACUCUCUGCAGAAAUGGGGUUCAGAGCGUCGCCUUGGGACGGAUUACAACAAAGAUGCCGCAAACAACAACCAACCAGAGGCGGCGCUGACCAGCGGAGACGAGAACGGACUCACGCAGACACACAGACAUCGCAAAGGUAUACUGAAGAAUCGUCUGGGCUGUCCACCAGCUCUGCAGGGUUUGUCUACAGUGGGUAGGGUACCCAGUGAGCUCUCCUGGUAUCGGACUUCCACCUUGGGUCACCGUGGGGUUCCAGCCGCCUCGUACGGUCGCAUGUACUCCGGGACGGGCUCCCUCUCUCAGCCCGCUUCCCGUUACUCCUCCCGCGAACACCUCGACUCGCUUGCGCGCCGACAACGCUCCCGCGACAACCUUGACCUGUUGCCGCGGCGACGUGAGCCCGGCCUAGACCUAGGGGGCUCCAGGGAGAGACUGGGUCCGGCCCACAGCAUCCACGCCUCGAGGGAAGAUCUGGCGGGAGCCAUGGUUGGUUUGGGGGGGUUGGAGGGUUCUCUCGGAGGGUCUCGCCCCCAGCUCAGCACGUUGUCACGAAGACAGGCCUCUCGCGAACACCUGGGAGGGGCGCUGAUGAGCAGUCGCUCCCGCGAACAGCUGGAGUCUAACGGCGCGGCGGGAGGGACCCAGCCUUGCAGAGAGUGGCUCCGUACCCUGCCCCCACGCCAGCUUUCACACCCUGAGCCACACCCUCCUUCCUCCCCACCUCCUCCCAUCAGCGAGGAGCCCCAGGAACUCCCUCCACCCCAACGAGGACGCCUGGACUCAGCCCCUCCGUGUAGGUAUCCCUCUCCUGCUCCUGGGGCCCCUCCCAGUCGCCCCCCCUCCAGCGAACACCUGGACAUUCUUUCCUCCAUCCUCGCCUCCUUCAGCUCCUCUGUGCUAACUCCACCCAACCCUGCCCCUACAGUCACUGGACCCUCUCCUUCCCCUCCACACUCUGCCACCUCCCACAGUAUCUCUGAGGUGUCACCAGACUCUGAAGUCAACAGAACUGAUGGGCAGUCUUGA